AUGCAGGAUAAAUUUUUAGUUUUAAUAUUGAUUUUAAACAAAUAAACCAUUUCUAUCUAAUAAAAAAAUGAACUUUAUUCUUAAAAUAUUUUUAAUUAAAAUUUGAAAUUAUUUACCUCUAACAUUAAACUUUUUGCUUAUUAAAUAAAUCUGAUUAUAUUUAAAUCUAAUAUUUAUUUUUAAUAAAGAAGCCUCUUUUGCAUUGUUUUUGUCAACCAUUUGCCAAAAGCAUUUUAUAAUUUAUUAAGCGCUCUUUUAAAUUUUUUGUAAGGAAUGAGUGAAAACCCAAAAGCAAUAAAAAACAUAUUAGUUUUUUCAACAAUCCAAAGGUCUUUCAAAAAAAAAUUGCUAAAUAUUACUCACAUAAGCCUUAGUAAAUUAGCAUAGUAAUUACAAAUUAAUGAAUAAUAUACUUAAAAGUAAAAGCCUCAAGAAAGUUUACUAUAUCUCGAAAAACUAAAAAAUGACAUUACUAGUUUACUUUAGCAGAAAGUUAUUCUCAAUGAAGAUUUUAAUAAAUUGUAUCUAAAUUAUUGCUUUAUGCUAGCAUAUCAUUAUGAGAAUUACAAAAAAAAGGAGAAGAUUGCUUUUUUAUGGCGAUGA